UCUGCUUGAACGGCAUAAUUACACAGUAUUUUGGAGAUCUGUGUUGCUGAAUCUUGCAAUUUGUUCAAUUAAUAUUGGAGAAGUCACAGUAGAAUGAUGGAGUUGGGAAGCUUUAGCCUUUAGCCACACAAACACACGGUGAUUCCUUGUUUAAAAUUCCUGGAGGUGAAACGUUACUAUGGAUCAAGCGAACAUGAAUCAAGACGGAAUGUCAACCAGCAGUUUUCGCUGCCGUCGUCUCCCCUGAGACACUGCGCGUCAACACACCCGUGGAGACACCCUUCCGACUAUCAGGUGCUCACAAGUGGAUGGUGGUGACUAGGAUGGUGCGGGCUGGAGGUAUUGUGAAACUAGCGGCCAUCAUUUUCACGUUCGUCCUCGCCGCCUACUUGGCUUUUGAGCUGCUGGAAGUCAAGAUGGAUUUCAAGCUGGGCAACGUGAUCGUCAAAUCCUUACCAAUGCAUAGAGACGACCGGGUCACACCAGUCCGACACAAAUGUGGACUGUCGAAGGCGUGUCCCGAUAGACACUUUGCCUUCAAGAUGGCGAGCGGCGCGGCCAGCGUGGUGGGGCCUAAAAUCUGUUUGGAGGACAAACUGAUAAUGAGCGGCGUGAAGAAUAACGUUGGAAGAGGAAUCAACAUCGUUCUUGUCAAUGGUAAUAAAGUCACCUUUUAUGCCACUUAUGUGUUAUCACUACACAAUCAAAUGUCUCCCGCAGGAAAAACAGGAGAGGUUAACAAGACGGACUCCUUUGACAUGUGGGGAGGAGAUGUGGCCCCCCUUAUCCAGUUCUUGAAGGCAAUCCCGGAAGGCACGAUCACCAUGAUGGCGUCUUUUGACGAUCCCUCCACCAAGCUCAAUGGCGAAGCCCGAAAGCUAAUCGCUGAUCUGGGGAGCUCAAGCAUCAACAACUUGGGCUUCCGGGAUAACUGGAUCUUUGUCGGAGGGAAAGGGAUCAAGACCAAGAGUCCGUUUGAGCAGCACAUCAAGAACAGCGCAGACACAAACAAGUAUGAGGGAUGGCCGGAGGUCCUGGAGAUGGAAGGCUGCGUGCCUCAGAGGACAAACUGAGCCUGGUCCACCGUCCUUACCCGGACCCUCCACCUUUUAGCCUUUUAUUCGCCUUCCUCGUUCCAGUGACACUCAUUAUUACAAUGCCAAUCAUCCAAAGGAGUGCAGGUAGAGCGCACUGAUAAGACGGAACUUGAUUUUUUGGUUUGCUGGAAUCCAAAAACAGAUUUUUAGUCCAGUAUUAUUGCACUGUUGUCGACUCCUGCUCAACUUGCUCACCUUUCAUCUUGCUACUCUUUUUUUUUUUUUUUCUUAUUCCUGACGGAUAUUGUAAUUAAUUAGGUGACAGCUGUGAACUUUGUACAUAUAUUUGCGAGGUACGGGUUAAUGAACAAUGUACAGAAUAAUAUAAUUUCUUUAAAUAAACAAUACGGCCAGUA